GAGGCUGACUGCGGUGGGAUGGGCUGUGAGCUGUUCAAGAUGGCGGCGCCCUGUGGAGUGCAGCUGCUCUAACAGAGGUGCCUGGAGACUGUGUCGGUGGGUGGCCCCAGGAGUCCUCCAGGCAGGCAGGGCAGGACACCCCGAGAGAGACGCUGCCUCCACCCUCCAGCACUGCCACCACCAUGGCCAGGGAGCAGCCCAACGUGGGGGACCUCCUCCCGCUCCUUGAGACCUCCGACCUCCACCAGCUAGAAGAGAUCCGAGGCCUCAUCAACGAGCAGCUCAGCACUGAGCGAGGGUCCAUGCUGUUGAACGGGCUGGUGGACUACUUCUUGGAAACAAACUCUGCCCAGGCCAUGCAUAUCCUCUCCUCAGUCAGAGAGCCACAUGAUAAGCACCUUCUGGACAAGAUGAAUGAGUGUAUGACCAAACAGGCCUGCCGUCUGCCCACCCUCACCCUGCUCGGCCAUGUAAUCCGCAAGCAGCCGUCCUGGAUCCACAAGAUCGCUCGAUACCCUCUGCUGCUGUCGCUGCUCAAAUGCCUAAAGACGGAUACGGACGUAGUGGUGCUGAUAACCGGAGUGCUGGUGCUGAUCACUCUGCUACCCAUGAUCCCUCAAGCCGGGAAGCAACACCUGUGGGAGUACUUCGACAUCUUCGGCCGCCUGGCAUCCUGGAACCUUAAGAAUCCUGGGCACGUUUCAGAGGUUUAUCUAAUCCACCUGCACGCCAGCGUCUACUCACUCUUCCACCGUCUCUACGGCAUGUACCCUUGCAACUUUGUGUCCUACCUGCGCUCCCAUUACAGCAUGAAGGAGAACAUGGAAACUUUUGAGGAAGUAGUGAAGCCGAUGCUUGAACACGUUCGCAUUCACCCAGAACUAGUGACAGGAACCAAGGACCAUGAGCUUGACCCCACCAGGUGGAAAAAGUAUGAAAUCCACGAUAUCGUCAUCGAAUGUGCCAAAGUGUCUCUAGACCCCAAGGAGGCCUCCUGUGAGGAGGGCUACGCCACCAUGCCUGAGAACUUUUACCCCCAAGUCCACCUGCGACCACAAGACUGCACUUCCAGCCCGUACACAGACCUCCACAGCAGCUACGGAAGCUCUUCUUCGACCCCGUUCUCGACUCCACGGCAGCCGCUACCCCCGCCCCUGUCCUUGCCCCCUUUCUCAGGGACGCAGUCCUCCCCCCGCAGCCCGCAGACCUCCAAACGGCAGAACUCCACCUGUGAACUCAACUCUUCCUGCGGGGGGAAGGACCCUCUGUGGAGCCCCUCCUCGUUGUGUGGCAUGGCCACGCCCCCUUCCUCCAGGGGCAUGUCGCCCAACUUGGAGCUUUCCCACAGUGCCUCACACCUUCCCAGCCGCUUCCACUGCACAUCAGGAGGAAAAGGAACGCCUGCCUCCAGCACUCCAGCCACCUCUUCCCCACCUCCCAGCCUGUCAGAUGACUUCCCCAUAAUCUCCUUACCGGCCAACACAGUCCAGUCCAGUCCACCAAGAAAGGAUCGACGACAUGGAGAAAGUGGUAAGCCUGCACUGGUGAGACAGGAACCAGUGAAAGAUGCAGAGAAGAAUGCGGAAGUAGCCACAAACAGAGAUGCGGGAGCUGCUGAGAACGUCUCCAUGACUUUGACAGAGCUGUCGGUCUUCAUGAAGAAACAGGAGCUGGAGCUUCAGCUGAGAACAGAGAAAGAGAGGGAAGAGGCUGCCAUCACAGAGGAGUUGCUGAAGAUCACAGAGGAGAAGCAGGAGCAGUCUGGUUUGAGGGGCUUCGACUCCCCGUUCUAUCACACCACGGAGACUCUGACCGGCUGUCAGGCACAAGACAAAACCUUCUCCGACACCGAGCCAGGAGGUCCCGCAAGGGACACCCGCCAUGUUGUAUCGACGCCAGACAAAGGGGAGACCACCGCCAGUACCAGCGGCGUCGGGAGCGACAGAGGAGGAGGAGGUGGAGCAGGGGACAGCAGGAGUUCAGCCCUCGAGCAGUCCUGGUCCUUCCAGUCAGGGUUCACCCCCAUCGAUCACCACCUGCACCGGAGCCCCUCGGCCCUGGACGACGACGUGGCCAAGUUCGGGAUGUUCUCCCCGAGCCCGUGCAGCAAGACUCCGGCGCGGGUGCCCUACGAGUCCUUCUUCGACCUGGCUCUGCCCAGGGCGGCCUCGCUCUUCGUUGGCCAGAAGACGUCAGAGGCAGUGCACAAGGCAGCGCUGGAGAGGCUGUUGCAGCGGGAGGAGGGGCUGGAGGACGGGGAGGAGGAAGGGGUAGCGACCGCUUCGCCACUGGAGGUGCUGGAUCGCCUUGUUCAGCAGGGGAGCGACACCCAUGAUAAAGUUCUCAAGAGAUUACCUUUGCCAAGUAAGUCAGCUGACUGGACGCACUUUGGAGGCUCGGCUCCGCUGGACGAGCUUCACACGCUGCGCAGCCAGCUGCUCCUGCUGCACAACCAGCUGCUGUACGAGCGCUACAAGAGGGAGCAGCACGCCGUCCGCAACCGACGCCUCCUCCGACGCAUCAUCAACGCCACCGCACUGGAGGAGCAGAACAACGCUAUGAAGGACCAGCUGAACCUGCAGAGUGUGGACAUCGUGUCUCUGAGGGAGAGUCUGCAGGUGGAGCAGCAGCGGUACAGGCAGCUGUGGGACGACCGGGAGACGGUGGUGACCAGGCUGCACAGUCAGAUCAGACAGCUGCAGCAGGGCCGAGACGACUACUACACCAAGAACCAGGAGCUCCAGAGCAAGUUGCAGGAGUAUCAGAAGAGGAUGGAUGAACUGGAGGCGGAGCUUCAGAGGGCCAACAACAAAGUCUGCCACACUGGUCACCUCCUCAACCAGAUGACUAUCAAGCUGAGCAACAGUGAGAGCACCCAGCAGCAGAUGAGCUUCCUGAACAAGCAGCUGCUGCUCCUCGGGGAGGCACAUAAGCUGUCCAUGCAGGAGUUACACCACGCAGGGGCCGACAAUACCAAGGUACAGUGGAAGGAUCUGCAGAGACGACGUACUGAGGAGGCCCAGAUGCUGAAGGUGUCCUAUGGGAAAGAGGUGGAGACGCUGAGGCAGAGCCUGCUGGUUCAGUGUCAGAAACUGGAGGCGGCGCAGCAGAGAGUCGCCGAGCUGGAGACGCACCUCUCCAAGAAGGAGCACCUCGUCGCCGAGCAGAAGAAGUUCCUGGAGGACGUGAAGUGUCAAGCGAAGGCGGAGCUGCAGGCCUCGGACAGCAGGUAUCAGGCUCAGAGGAGAAUCACUCAGCUGCUGCAGACUGAACUCCUGCAGCUCUACAGCAGAGUGGAGACGGAGGCUCCUGUCGGCACCGCCUGCAAUUCACCACCGGGGGGCAGAGCUGACCCACAUGCUUGUGCUGACUCCAGUGUCAGGGUUCCAGACAGACAACUUUACACCAACGAAGAAGUAGGCAGUAGACCACUGCGCGACUCCCCUCGGGGCAACGGCAGCACUUUAUCGCCACGGCAACCAAAGGCGAACAACUCUUCCAAGACCACAGCCAACUCCAUCAACGGCAGCCAGGACCUGGCCCCGCCCCUGCUGGUGGAGCCCUCCCUGUCCUGUCCCUACGGCAACUCUGCGCCCUCCGACGCGCCGCUCACCGUGGGCUCCUACCCCAGCGCCAAGAGCUUCCUGGGUAUGAGGGCCCGCGAGCUGUUCCGCAACAAGAGCGAGAGCCAGUGUGACGAGGAGCAGCCGCCGAAGCGCCUGGCUGGCCUUGCCCACGGCCUGAAGACUGAGCUGUGUGUGGAGCCACCCUGCCCAGGUUAUAUGGCCCCCCUUGGCCCGGCACCUUCCCCCGUCCCGGCCCCUGCCCAUGCCCUCGCCACUCCUCUCACUGUGCCCAUCAAGCAGCCCCCCUCCGAGCCCAAGCAGCGGGCCUCCAGCCAGGAAAGCCCCCGUAGGAAGGCAGUGUCAGGUGGAGGGCGGGGUCAGGCAGGCUCAGGGCGCCCCCGGCAGCAGCAGCUAAAGAUCAUGGACUACAAUGAAACACAUCACGAGCACAGUUAGAGACACAGGACUGAGCCCGGACGCAGGGCGGAGGUCCAGAGACUGAAGUUUAACGACAGAGAAGAGCUACAAAUCAGAAAAAAGAGUAACAUGUCAGCAACUCUUUGGAAUUCAGUGUUAUUUGUUACAUUCCUUGGAGUGGACAACAGGAUUUCCCACAAUGUUAUACUACUUUUCUUUUUUUUCUUUUGUUUUUCUUUCAUACUGAGUCAUUCCCUCGAUUAAUUUUGACAAGGUGACAGGGAUACAAAGUGGAUGUUAUGUUACCAGUGAAGAUGCUAGUCUUAUGAAUUUGAUUAUGAGACAAAGACGCUCAAAGAUACUCCGAACAGUGAUCAAAGUUAUCAAUAACUUACAUGUGACACUGUGAGCCUGAAGUUUUUAAGGUUCGGUUCAUCCAAACUAUUAACAUCCCACUUGGCUCCAGUUGUAUCAGCCAUGCUGACAGUUUAGCUGUAAUUUGUCCAGAUCUUAAGUAAACGGUCUCCUGAGAUUUUGCACAGCCGACACAAUGGAAGUGAAUGGAAGUUAGUUUGUGAUGCUCACAGCAUUGAAAGAUUACUUUAAAAAAAAAAAAAAAAGUUUUCUUUGGAACUACUUUCUACUGAAAAAAAAAAGUAACUUUGUUGUGGACACAGUUUCUGAUAAAAAGACAAGUUGCUGUUAUAAUGUUAAGAUGUUAUUUUUAAAUGCUGGUAGCACCACGAACAAAGCAUAAAUUGUGUUACAUGUGGAGACAGGAAUAUCUGAAAAUUUGGUCAAACAAAACUAGUCCAUACCACUGAAACUAAGUGAGAAAAAGUUUUGAUUUCUUUGUAGUUUGGAUGUACCCACCCUUUUAAAAAAAUCAAAUCAGUUAUUAACACCAGAAGAGAAGAAGUUAUAAUUUGUCACGAUCAUCUGUUCAGAGCGCUUUGGCGUCGACCGUGGACCGAAAUAAGUUUUUGAUAUCAGAGUGCAUGUUGAGUGUUACAUCAGAGCGGUGGAGGUGAUGAGCACGUGGAGGUGUUUGCUUUGUUCUGGGAAAACCUUGGAGUGGACCGAAUUGGAAAACAAACAUUUCCAUACAAAACUCCAUCAAGUUUUUUUUGUCCAAAAUAAGUCAGAGGGGAGAACGUGUUUUGUUUGCGAGUGUGCAAGAGUGUAGGUGAUGCAGUCGUGCUGGUUCUCGCAUUUCAGCAACGAUGCAUUGACGAAAGUGUUUGAAAUUUAGAAACUGAUGAAAUUGUAUGCAUUUUUAUGAAUUUCACAUUCUGUUGUACCUUUUUUAUUUUGUUAUUUAUUCAGCCAUGAAGUACAUAUCCAAAAUUUGAAUCAGACCUGGAAAGCAUCACAAGCCCAAGCUUAUAAAAAAAAAAAAUCAUGUUUUCCUGUUCAGGACGACCAGCCGACCAUUUUGAAGUGCCAUGCAAACAUUUGUGUUCUGGCUGAAUUCAAACCUCUCUAAACAGAAGUGUUGUUUCUCAUGCUGCUUGUACUCUCAGCUGGUACAGUGUGGGAAAGAAAACAUCUUGUCCAAUCAGAUUCCUUUGUGCAGGUUUGAUAAACGGGGAGUUUAUCUGAGUAUUAGAAGUAAACGCCGGCAUUAAAAAGCCGUCUAAAUCCUGUUGUCCACCGGGAACUCCUGCUGUCACUUCCUUUUGCCUCGCUAUCUAAAGCAUGUUCAACAAUCCACUUUAAAUGCCAACCGUAGUAACUACCGCAAACCAAGACAGAAGGUACAAUCAGCACAAACUGAAGAAACCAGGACUCUGACAUGAGCUGGACAAUCUGGGAUCAAACGGCAAAAAAAAAAAGGAAGUUCUUAAAGCAGUGGCUUGUGUUUAACUGUGAACAAUAAAGAUCGUCUUCAAUGUUUUGCACUACAAUUCUGGGUUUUGCUUUUUUUAUGAUGCUGAAUGUAAGCCGCCCUUUAAACCACUGUGGAAAAUGCAGCAUGAAGAUGUUUUUGUGAGUUUGUUUUUGUGACGGGACACUUUCAGGUGUUUGCAGACUGAAAAGAGUCAGUCCAUCCUCCUAAACUGUUGUUAGU